UUUUCCUUCCUGAUUCCUUCCCAACCUCUGCUCCAAAAUUAUAACUCGGCUUCUCAAUUUUUCAUUAUUCACUCUCUUUUGAUUUGUCUCCUUCUCUGAUAUAUAGCUUCCUGCGGUUUCCCACUCCAUUCAUUCAGGAAUUUUGUCGAGCUUUUAAAUGAACUGGGUAUCACGGAUUUCCCACAAAUCUUUAAGGAAUUUAGACGCAUAUUCACACCGAUUUCUGUUUACGAGGAGGGAAGAUUCUGUGAAACUUUCCACUCAAACGAAAAUGGUUGGAGGAAGUGUGUUGCUUGUGGAAAGCGGGUUCACUGUGGAUGUGUGGUCUCUAUCAACACAAUUAUACUAUUGGAAACCUUUGGAGUAGCCUGUUUGAAUUGCGCAAUGAACACCUCAACUAUGGCACCAAAUCAAUGUGAUUCCCCUUCCUGGAGUACUACCCUUGCUGAGUCUGUGCACAAUACGAGUAGCCCCUGUGAAGUUGAAGAGUCCAAUAACAGUGACAAAGUGAACGGAAGCAAGUGCGAGGCAAAUGCAGUUGCAAAAAGUGGUCAGUCCCCUUUUCAUGAUACUCCAUUGCAAAUGAAAGCUCCUCUGCCUAAUGGGCAGCCUUGUGGGAGUGGUGCAGGACAAAAGGGUUUAGAUGCUAGAUACCAGCCUAGGAUAAGUGAUCACGUGCUACAACAGAUCUCCAGAGACCUAAAUUCUGUUGUCACUCCUUUGUUUGAGAAAACAUUGACCAUUUCUGAUGCUGACUACAAGCUGGGCCGCCUGGUGAUACCCAAGAAAUGUGCACAGGAAUAUUUCCCUCUAAUUUCUGGGCCUGAAGGAGUCACUAUAAGAAUCCUGGAUACAAGAGGAAGAGAAUGGGUAUUUCACUACUGUUAUUGGAGCAAUGCUAACAGCCAGAUGUACGUACUAGAUGGGCUUAAAGACUUCAUAAUUUCAAUGCAGUGGCAAGCGGGUGAUGUAGUAACAUUUUAUCGGAUAGAACCGAAGGGACAGUUGGUUCUGGGGCUCAGAAAGGCUUCAGUGACUCCACCAUCUCACAAGACCAGAAAAAGGCUACAUCUAAAGCGAACAAGGACCCCCCGAUGAAUUUUGACAGGCAGAAUUCACUGCCAUUAUUAGGCAUUUAUAUACAAUUCUACAGAGAGCUGAAAUACUAGCGAACCAUCUCUGUGUCGUUGGUUGGAGACUUUGGCAAUGAAUUGUGUCGGCAGCCAAAAACCUCUCCAAAAUUUUCAUUUCUUGAUUCUGAAACUUUCUCCUAAAUAAUGGUCAGCUCAUCCUUUAAACUGGACAAAUAAUAGCAUACCCUAGAUUUUACAAUUUUUCAUUGGAAGUUAAUAGUUUGUUAUAUAAAUUAUCAGUAAUGAUCUUGUGUAUGGAUUGCAUUUAUUUAUUUACACCAUUUCUAUCAUGUGAACCACCAUGGACCAAGCUGGUUUCUUAAAAAGAGUAUUGGUUAUUUAUUUACAAAUAUAAGAGGUUAUAUCGUAACUUCAUUGGCAUGAGAGAAUAUAUAUGGUUAUAUUGUAACUUCAUUGACAUGAGAGAGAGAGAAAGGCUCUAAGCUCUUGUUUUCCUCAAACAUUUUAAGGGAGAGUGUAAAAUCUCUCUGGAAAUGCUUAAGACAUUUGUUCAUUUAACAUGUUCUAAAUCAUUAUAUUCCUUCAACAUUUGAAGAGAGAAGGAGGAAGGGAGGGAGCACAACCGAGAAUUUUGUUAUUUUCCUUUAAAAAUUGGUUGGGGGAGACAUUUGUUCUCUUGGCAUGUUCUAAACCAUUGUUUUCCAUGGGGACACAACUUAGAAUUUAGUAAUUUUCUUUCAUCUAAAGGAAGAGCAAUGUAUAACACAUCUUUGUUUCUUGGUCUCUGGUGUUUAUGCUACUGAUUUGUGAUUCUUGUGGAUUCCUUGAAACUGUUGUAGGAAGUCUUCCCCUAUGCUAGAUUCAAAUGUGCCUGAAGCUGAUGUAUUGAACUACCACUGGCAUCAUGUAUCCAACCAGGAAUUCUAUUCUUUUUGUGGCACAAUCAUUCAUCUUUUCUUUUUCUUCAGUGUUUUGAAAUAACAUUUUUCUUACACUUAUAGCUGCACUAUAUGUAUUUCUACAUGCAUGAGCAUAGAUACAUGCAUCAGUCUGAAGUUUUGUGGUUGUGGCAAUAUAUCCAUUAAUAAGCCAAAAUCCUUUUUUCUUUUUUUCUUCUCCAUGGCGUCUGUUUUGUGAAUUACUCCCCUCUCUCCAUAUUCACACAAAAAAUGGUAGGAUUAUUGUAUGUACAGAACUGUAAAAAUAGACAUCUAUCUACACAAUCAACAUUCCAACAUCUAUUUCCUCUCCCCUUCAUGUUUCCCCUUAGUCAUCUCUCCCAUUGGGCCCAUUUUGUGAAACUACUUCCCUCUCCCAUGUUUUAGUAACAUGUUUGUUCUUAUAAGGUAUUCCCCUCUCCCUUGCUCUUUCUAAGGUUUCAUUGAGGCCAAUUAGUAAAAUCCAUAUUUAAUUGUGCUACUAUCAUAUCCUCUCUCUCAUUGUGUAUCUACACAGGAAUCCCACUCCCUGCUAUCCAGGUGAAUUUAGUUCUCCUUUCCAUGUACUAUAAUUCAUAUUAUUAGCUAAGUCAGCCAAUACCUCACCUUGUCUCCUUGGUUUUCACCCUUAUGAAGUUAUCACCCUCCCCUAUUUUCCCAAUUAGUUUUCCAGAUUUAUUAAAACAUUUAAGCCUCAUUUGAGAAUUGGGAUAACUUCAUGUUUUUUACUUUAUAGCUAGAAGUUGAAGUUAAAGUUACAAUUUUUAAAGGGAAUCAUUGGUGUUGUAAAAGUUUUAAUAAAUAGGAAAGAACUUCUUGUACAAGGCAAAAUUGAACUUCUAUAAGAAAUAACAUUUUUUUAGGUUCCAUAUUAAGCUCUUUUUUAAGUCAUAAACUCUUUGAACAGAAUUAGUCAAACAUGUAUAAAAACUCUUAUUGAGCUUAAACAAGAGCUUUUGGCCUUUCAAAAAUGAAUCAAAACAUGUCCUUCGUAAAGAUUUGUAUGAUUAGUCUAUUAGUUAAGCCAAUACCUUAGCAUUUGGGUCCUCUAUCUGCCUUGUUAGAGCUUUGACCUAAGUCAACUUGAUUUUGUGUAGAUUGUCCAUUAUCUAACAGCUUAAACUCUUGGGUUAAAUUGGUAGCUUAAAUCAAAGCCUUAGUUCACAAGUGGUCGAGAGUUUGAACCUCAAUGAUGUUUAUUUCCCCAUUUAUUGUGUCCACAUUGUAAGUUCAAAAAAGGUUGCCCAUGAGGUGGGGUGCUACAGCUUAAAUCCAACUUGAUAUGCAUUGCCCCCACUAAACAGGGAGCCAUCAGCUAAAAUCUUUCCAUUUUAUGUUUCUUCAUUUCUAACUGAAUCUCGUGGUAGUGGGUCUUUUGAUCAAUUUGAACCAUGAUUGUUGUCAUUUAAGGAGAGUGGUAAACCAUCUGAGAACAUUAUAUUUGAUCAAUAUUCUAUCUUUAUUUGGUUCAUAUCUAGUCUGGUAAAAACUUGAUAACCUGUAUGUGCUAUACUUAAUUGUUGACUGUUGCAGGAUGAGCAAAGGGAGGCCUACCUUGCCCCCAAAAGGUGUGCUGCAAAUAUGAAGCCAUAUUAUGCAUAAGCUACUAUUCUUUGAAAGAUUGAAACACAUUUUCGGAUUGCUUCUAUGCCCUUGAUGGGUUGAGUUUAGUUUUGAGUCCUCACUUUUUUCAUCUUGGUAUUAUUUAUACUUUGUUUUUAAUCCAUGGUGGCCUUUUAUGUAAAUGCCACAAGUUUGUUAAUUAAAAAUAGCAAUCAGAUUGUUGGUAUAGCAGAUUGAAUCAGGUCCAGUUCCUCAUAUCAAACAUUUGUCCAGAUGAAUUACCCACACCUCCCUCUCUGCAAGUUUCUUUACUAUUGAGGUUAGUCGUCCUUUCUGCACUCUGGCACAGGGGAUUCAUCCUCUUGGGCAUCAAUAUGAGGUGGUCAAAGGAGAGGAUGAAAUGAUCAAUUUAUUUAUUCUACAUCUGCACUUUCUCAGUACUCCUUGAGCAGAAAACAUUGAUGAUGUAUCUCUGAAUGUACCAUUUCUACUAUCUAGUUUAGAAACAAUGUAAAGAUCUUAUGAAGAUGUUUUUUUGUUCAAAUUCCAUAUGGAAAUUGAAGAUGUAAUUAUGUAUUUCCAAGAGUAAAUAUUUUCCAGCAUUUGAAAUCAAAGGGAUUUUUAUUAAUA